CCGGGGGUUCGAACCUUCGCGCGCGCUCAAAGAGCGCGCCAGAGCGCUGCGCGGAGGCGUGCUGGAGCUCGCCAGAUGGCGACGCUCCAGUCCACUGUUGACCUGCAGGUGCCGCCCGGAACUGGCGAAGACAUCUUCGAAGUCGUGGUGCUGUGCGCGGUGCUGUGCACCGUGGUGGUGAUCCCUUGCGUAGCU